CUUCAUAUAAAUAACUCUCUCUAGGGUUUUGACACUCCUCCCUGAGCUCUCUUCAACCACCGUCGUCUGAUUCAGAGAGAAGAGAGAGAGAGAGAAAAAAAUCACAAAAAAUGAAGACUAUUCUCUCCUCCGACACCAUGGAUAUUCCCGAAGGUGUGAAGAUCAAGGUGCACGCUAAAGUGAUCGAAGUCGAAGGUCCUAGAGGAAAGCUCUCCCGCAACUUCAAACAUUUGAACCUCGAUUUCCAGCUGACCACCGACGAAGAAACCGGUAAGAAGAAGCUGAAGGUCGACGCCUGGUUCGGCAGCCGGAAAACCACCGCCUCCAUUCGCACCGCCCUCAGCCACGUGUCCAAUCUGAUCAAGGGCGUUACCCAGGGCUACCGUUACAAGAUGCGCUUCGUGUACGCCCAUUUUCCAAUCAACGCUUCCAUCACCAACAGCGGCACCGCCAUCGAGAUCCGCAAUUUCCUCGGCGAGAAGAAGGUGAGAAAGGUGGAUAUGCUCGACGGUGUAUCAAUUGUGAGGUCCGAGAAAGUGAAGGAUGAGCUUGUCUUGGAUGGUAACGACAUCGAGCUCGUUUCUCGAUCUGCUGCCUUGAUUAAUCAGAAAUGUCAUGUGAAGAACAAGGAUAUCAGGAAGUUUCUUGAUGGUAUCUAUGUGAGUGAGAAGGGAGCUAUAGCCGUGGAGGAAUAAGUAGUAGUUUAAUCUUAUGCUAUCUUUAUUUAUUAUUCGGUAUCUCGUUUUGAUGAAUUUUGUUUGGAGACUUCUUACAUAUAUAGUUGAAGAUGAAUUUGUUAUUUUCCUUGGCGACGACAUCUUUCUAAGUGAGGUUUGUGAAUUUAUUUGUGUGUCGGGAUGUUUUAAUGGUGAAAUUUUUGAUUACAUUGCUUGCUUCA